AUGGUGCGGAGGGCCGAAGUGGGUAAACCCAGCAACAUCACGGGAACAUCUGCAGCAGAUAACAAUGUACCCGGUUUGUUCAGUCCCAAGGAAUCCGUGAAGACGGACAGGUCAAUUCCUUCUUCAUCUGAGGGAGUCCCCGGUGCUUUCAAAGUGGUAUUGGAUCCCACCGACAGCAUCCCCGUGUACGACGGACGUCUUGGUAUUAUCGACAGGCCUAUCAAGCUUGCCAGUAUGAUCGACAGAAUUCCGAUGCUAGGCCUCCCUCUUUACCGUAAAGAGAUUCGCCCGAACUCUGCCGCGUUGGUAGUAUAUACAACCGCUCAGUACUUCAAUGGCAGUGGAUCGGCCCGGUAUCCUAAUCUCUCGUUGAACAUACAAUGGGUGCUCCUUAUCAGUAGUCCUCCGAUGUAA